AUGGCGCGCCCAAGCAAGACGCAAUUCGCCAUCUACGACGACGAAGGCGGCAUUCCCACACCGGACCCGCAAGGCAUUCCUCACGAUGACGGGAAAAACACCACGAUCGUUCAUGAUGAGCAAGAGCUAGAGACCGAAGCUGGGAGAGCGAACUUCCAGCCUACAGACACGGAGAUUGAUCGCGAUGGGAGAAGAGAGUCGGCCAUUUCCUCCCUGCCGGAGUCCUCCACCGAGACGGACCAGGAACCGUCGCUGCCUCAUAGCAUGAUCCGACCUUCGUUUCGGCGACAUCUAGCCGGCUCAUCAUUCGAACGAAGCCCCAAGCGAUUGGCCUUACCGAAAUCACGAACGACUACACCACGCUCAACCCGUACGACCGCAAAAGGCAGCCCACUACCGCGAAAACACGCCUUAGAAGACCCAUCCGAAGCAGAGAGGAAAGAAUACCCCCUCGUCCUCCUGCACAUCACCAUCCUGCCCCUCGAACUCCGCUGGAGCCCGGCAAACAUGCGAGAACUCCUGCCCCCAAACACCGUCGAGAACCUCCAACUCCUCCGCUCCAAACUCUCAGAAACAAUCCUCCAGCGCGGCAUCCUCAUCCCGCACCCCCGCGAAGAAUACGACGUCCUAGAGGAACGCCUCCUCGAAGCGCUCGAGUUGCGAAAGGAACGCAUCACGCCCCGCGGUCAUUUCCGCACCCGCGAAUCCAUCAGUUCGGCUUCCUCGGCGGAAGACAGCGUGGAUUCGGGUCUCGGGUCGAGUGUGGAAGAUCUCUGUGCGAUUUGUCAGGAUCAUCUCCGCCCGUCGGCGACGACGAAGUGCGCGUCGAGGCAGAAAUGGGAUAUCAAAGUCUAUGCCGCGAAUGGGUUGAUGAGGGCUUCGGCGUGGGCGGCGGCUUGGUCGGAGAUGGAAAGGGUAGAUGUGGAAAUCAUGCCGUGGAUGGAUGAGGCGCUUCGCAGGCUGCUGGAUGCGAAGGCGGUGGAGGAGGAAGCGGAGAAGAAGUUGGAAUUGGAAGAGGCUAGGAUUGCGGAUGAACAGCGGAGGAGGGUCGAAGAGGAGGAGGAGUACCAGAGACAUGCGAGUGUGACGAGGCAGGUGUUAUAUCUGACUCAAGCACCAGCAACGGUCGAGCAGCCUUCGUCUUCGCCGCCGCCGCCCCCGCCGACGCAGAAGAUCCCUCCAUCCUUCGAUGAUCUGCCGCAGGUUUAUCGACCAAAGGAUAUCCCCCUGUCGCUACUGCUUCGGAACUACAUCAUUCUGCUGUCCCAAGAUACGAAGAACAUCGUCAUCUUCGUGCUCGCUGUCCUCGCCAUCUGGUUUGGAUUGAGCGUGGCCGUGGCCCCCACACGGGCACUCCCUCCUUCAUUGACGGUGCCCGCGAAUGUCUCUUCACCACUCGAGCUACUCCACGAGACUAUCAGUCUGAGGGUCCCUAGCGCCAGUAUCGAGACGGCCGCCCUAGAGUCAUCUCACCCUCUCACAGCUUCUUCCGAGGCGUCGUCUGGGAUGGGAGACGGCACCAACACGCCCAGCGACGUUCAGACAGAGCAGAUCCCGGCGGAGACUGGGAAACAGUCAGGGCAGGCCCAGGACCCUGUACUGGAUGCAGAAGAGCUGCCAAUUUCUCCGACCAUGGAGCGCUCCUUCGAUGAGUCUCAGGGUACUCCAAGUGCAGAGACGAUCGAGUACUCGCACGUGAGACCCGAAGCCGAACGCCCAAAAGCUGCCGUCUGUCCCUCGUAUGGGAGGCUAUUGAUGGAGAUGGCGCCAGUGUGUCCGGCAGUCGGAACAUGCGUGAACGAAGCUAUGCCAGCGAAAAUGUUUGCGAAGCCAGAGUAG